UUUUUUACGCUGCCAUUUUGUCCAGCAGAGCAGCAAGCAGCCAGUCAGUCCGUAAAGAGAAACCACUGGCGAGACUUUUCAGACAGCAGCGCAGGACGGGACUGUCGGUGGCAAAACGAGCCGCUAAUGUGGACUGUGCAGCGGAAGGACAGAACCAACGGAGCCCGAGGACUGUUAAAGGAAAUAACUGAGCUAAGGGAGCUGUCAUUUUCAACUUAACGGGUCCGCCGGCUCGGCUCUUUAUUCCCAGACUACAGCUAACCCCCGCUAGCUACUCGGCUAACACCCACCGCUCCUCGCAUCUAUUCUCCCCGGGAGAAACGGCACCUGUCCCGGUUGUCAGUUACACAGUAUCUUCUUAUGACCUCAAAACAAUGUGCUGCUCAAUUCUGAAUGACUUUUCACGCCCGAGGGGGGAUUCAACACACACUUUAAAAAGCGACCAGUGAUAGCUAACUAAAGCAGUCAAGCUAACAAGUUGACGUGGAGGAGGAACUCAAGGUUUUUUUUUUUUGGGAUUGUCGAGAUUUUUUGUUGGUGUUCUCCAAACUGUGAUUUCAUACGGAUUACUUUUGGUAGUUGCCUCGAGGUGGUCUAUUCAGAAACAAAUCGUCCAGGUUACAAAGCAGCCAGUUAGCUAUGUUUAUUUGUGGCCAGAAAGUAAUUUCCAGUGUUUACAAAUUCCACAGCGGGACUCUUUCCUGGUUCGAGUACUGCAACGGAAACAUUAGCUAACACAGACUAGCUCAGUUUAGUGUCGUCGUGUUGUGUUUACUAGAUAGAUAGAUAGAUAGUCGGAAUAAACUGUUGCCAAACAAUUUAAUAAUACCGCAAAUCAGCUGUUGAUUGUGGGUCUCAUUGUUGAGCCAAUCCUGAACCUGCAGUUUUUUCUGCCACCAUUGAUCUGACAUUACUGCAGACUGCACAGGUUUUGUACGCACCUGGAAAAAAACAACAAAAAAACAACAACAGUGGGUGUCUGAUCGCAACCCUUUACCUCCACUUGACAGUGAAGUCACGUUGAGUUGUGUCCCGCAGGGAGUUGAUCCAUUGAUCGGAUCGUUAUUGUGCUAUUUUAGCUGAUUUGAGGGAGUGAAACAAGAAAGCAGAGAGAGACAUAGAAGCGAUGUCGGGCCAAUCUAUCACGGAUCGGAUCGCAGCAGCGCAGCACAGCAUGACCGGGUCUGCUAUCAGCAAGGCUGUGUGCAAAGCCACCACACAUGAAGUCAGCGGACCUAAGAAAAAACACCUCGACUAUCUGAUCCACUGCACCAAUGAGAUGAAUGUGAGCAUUCCCCAGCUGGCGGACACGCUGUUUGAGCGCACGGCAAACUCCAGCUGGGUGGUGGUCUUCAAAGCCCUUAUCACCACCCACCACCUCAUGAUGUACGGCAACGAGCGUUUAAUCCAGUACCUGGCCUCCAGAAACACUCUGUUUAACCUGCACAACUUCCUGGAUAAGGGAGCUCUGCAAGGUUACGACAUGUCAACCUUCAUCCGGCGAUACAGCCGUUACCUUAACGAGAAGGCCAUGUCCUACAGACUGGUGGCUGUGGAUUUCACCAAGAUGAAGAGGGGGAUUGACGGUGUGAUGCGUACCAUGACCACAGAGAAGCUGAUCAAGACGCUGCCCAUCAUUCAGAACCAGCUGGAUGCUCUGCUAGAUUUCCAGGCCAACCCUAAUGAGCUGACCAACGGAGUGAUCAACUCUGCCUUCAUGCUGCUCUUCAAAGACUCCAUAAGGCUGUUUGCUGCUUACAAUGAAGGGGUCAUCAACCUAUUGGAGAAAUACUUUGACAUGAAGAAGAACCAGUGCAAAGAUGCUCUGGACAUCUACAAGAAAUUUCUCUACAGGAUGACGAAGCUGUCGGAGUUCCUCAAAGUGGCCGAGCAAGUUGGAAUAGAUCAGGGUGACAUCCCAGAUCUCUCACAGAAAACAAAAGGAUCUUACAUUGCUCCCAGCAGCCUCCUGGAGGCUUUGGAGCAGCACCUGGCCUCUCUGGAGGGCAAGAAAACCAAGGAAUUAAAUGCAGACACCAGAGCGUCCACUCUGUCCAGCGCCGUCUCUUCUCUCUCCAGCACUGGCAUGUCGUUCAGCCGCAUGGACGAGAAGGAGAAGCAGCAGGCCUUGGAGGAGGAACAGGCCAGACUGCAGGCUCUCAAGGAUCAGCGUCUAAAGGAGAUGGGCAUGCAGACUCCUCCCUCUGCCUCCCCCAGCAGCCAGUCGAUGGGCAACAACAACCACAUCACACAAAACCCAGAGUUGUUCACCUCCAUGCUGUCUGCCAACAGUGUGCCCAAUCUGAACAGUGACCUGUUUGAUCUUCAGCCGGCCUUCAUCCCUGCUGUGCAGAGCACUCCUUCAAUCUCCACCGCCAACAGUGCCUGGGGAGGAAUGGUGAACCAGCCUCUGCAGCAGACCACCGCAGCCAUGACUGUAGAUUUCGAUGCUGUGUUUGGGAAUAAUGCCACGCCCAGUAACAACGGCCCACAACCUGCAGCCGGUUUUGAUGCUCUAGGAGACCUGUUGAAGCCUACAAUGCCCACACACACUGCACCUCUUCCUCCUCCUCAAAUGGCCAUCCAUCCUGGAGGAAAGCUGCUAGCCAACGACCUCGACUCCUCUUUGGCUAACCUCGUGGGCAAUCUGCAGUUUGGUGGGACCCCAGCCAAGAAGCCAGACAUGCAGUGGAACCAGUCUGGAGAGAAGAAGCUGACGGGAGGCCACAACUGGCAGAAUAAGACCAUGUCCACCACUCAAUGGGGCCCGGCGCCCAUGGCCCCGCAGCCCAUGCCUGUACAACACGUGAAUGGAAUGUUCUAUACUAGUUAUGCUCCGGCUCCCAUGGCUUUUCCCAUGACCACACCGCAAGUGCCUGUGUAUGGAAUGGUCCCUCCCCAGAUGGGUCAGAUGGGCGGGGUACCAGUGAUGGCUCCUCAGCCAAUGAUGUACAACCAGCCUGUUCUUAGACCCACUAACCCCUUCGCACCCAUGCCCGGAGCCCAGGUCAGCUAUCCUGUACUUGUGCAUUCAUACACACAAAACGACACCUUUGCAACUGAAAAGAUGCAGUUUAUGUAAUCCAGUCAUGGGGGAAGCAGAGUGCCAAAAGCGACAAACAGCAGAAGAAAACACACAAGAGGAACGGUCAGAUGGACGGAGGAAUGAUUUGAUAAGGCUAAAACGACUAAGAGACAGACAGACCACAAGAUAACCUACCGACACCAAAAACAUGUUGGGAAGAGGGGGAGAAGAGGAGCACACAGAGGAUGGAGGGAGGUAGUGGGGAAGAUGUCAUUCUUGCUGGUUGUUGUCUGAAACAACUUCUUGUGUGUGUGUGUGUGUGUGUGUGUGUGUGUGUGUGUGUGUGGGUGUGGCUUCAUUCUGUUCUUCUGAUUUGUGUUUUAAAUCAUAUCGGUGGCGGGGAUGUGUCAGGAGAGGGAAUAAGGAUAAGAGUGAAAGAUGUGAAGAACGAUGGAGGAGGAGCGAAGAGGGGAUUAAGGAAAUCCUACCUCUGGUUUUCAGUCAGACCGGAACCCGUCUGACUGCCAUGAGAGUCUCAGCUGUAGAAUUAGCUUUAUUUCAAUACUGGUGCUAUUUUAUCCUCUCUUAGUUACUGUCCACCUGCAACAGCAACUUGGGAGCACUUAGCAGGGGAAAAGUGUUUUAGUGUGUGUGUGUGUGUGUUAGUGUGUGGGUGUGUGUGUUGGUGUGUGUAAGUAUGUGUACUUGUACAGCAGUUGUUUCAGACAAUACCUUUACAAUGACCCCCUCUCCAUCCUCUUUGUUGGCUGUGUGUGUCCAACCGUCCAAUCAGCGAGAGAUUUAGAGGCAAAUCUUCUCAAGUGUUUCCCGUAAUUUUCCGCUCUGUUGGGGAUAUCUUUGUAUUUUUCAAUCUGUUUUCUUCUGCAGUCUCUCCUGAAUGUUAUCUGGGCUUGUACAGCAAUUUGUUGAACCAUUUGUUAACAGUAGUUGAGCGUUUUUAAGCUUAAAUCUUAGUUACUCGUACUGCAUUGUUUUCUUCUCCCAGAGCUACAGAUACACACAGAGAGACAGGGAUUAGCGAUGGCGGCAUGUUAGCAUGGUACAAAGUCAUCUUAAUUGUCUAUGAACCAAAAAUAUAAAAGCCUGUUCACACCUAGCUAGCUGGUGUGUUUUGGCAGUUACAGAUUUGUUAGCUUGGUUGCUAAUGGAACAAAGAGUUCCCACAUUUUAAAAGAUGUAUUUUGGUCUACAAACUAUAACUCCAUCCAUCAGAGGAGUUUAAAUAAAACUGGAUGGUGUAUCACAGCUAAUAAGCGACUACAGUUUCCUCCAUUUUGGACUCUCUAUACCCCAACUGUGAGCGCUGUCAAAACUGCUUGAUUUUGGUCAGCGUUUAAAAGUGCUGAUGUGACCAGACAUAUUUUACACGUUUAUCGUCACAAGUGCAGUAUAUGUUUGCCAUUGCUCUGUUUGGGGGUCAAAUGGAAGAAAUCAGUAUUUGUAUAAUGCUAAAGAAAUUGCAGUGUGUUUAUUAGCGUCAUUAGCUGCCUGUUAGCACCUGAUUGACCUGUGUGUAUCUGUUCUUCUUGUCCUCAUUAUCUCACCAACCAGAUUCAGAUUUGAAAACGUUUUUAAAGAAAAUAAGAGCUUUUUCAUUAAGUACACCCCUGUCAGAACCAAAUUCUGUGCCAAUUAUUGAUGACAGCAGCACUGAGUGAGUGAAUAAAUGUUACUGAAUUGAGUUGAAUUCACUUUAAAUUGCACUGAAUCAAAGCGAGUGGCUUUAAGUGCGACUCAGUCUGCACCGAGAGCUACAACAACACUGAACCUUUGGCGUCAGGAAAUUUGGGGUAUAAAAAUUGACUCACGUAAUAGGCUGUGGCCAAUCCAAAGCAUCCGUCACCAUGAGUUUGACUGUUGGUAUAUGUGUGCAUAAGGCAUUGUUUUGUGUGUGUUCACGUGUGUUCUUACACAUUUUAUGUGUAUGUUUUCCAUUGAGGGCUAUUUCUGAGGGUUUUAUUGUGUCAAAUUUCAAGCAGAAUUUGAGCCAGCGAGUUUGACACAAAGUGUGAUUUGUUUUGUUUUUGUAAAAUCUAAUUUUUUUGCAAAAUGCACAUGCAAACAUUUUGCACUGAAGUGACUAUCCUGCCGUAAGAAGAGCUGUUGCCAGCUCUCCUGGUCUGAAAGAGUUGAGCCAGAGAUAUGAAGUUUGUAGACAUUGUGUGAGGUUUUACAAUAACAAGUUUGUUCUAAUCCACCAGCCACUUUGGCAGGUAACUUAAAAUUGUUUUCUGCCAUUCUAACAAUGAACUUGAACACUUUUGUAGUCCCAUCCCAGUCCAAUGUCUACAUCCCAGUGAUAGUUCACAUGAAAUCUGUAGAAUCUCGCUUCAGUCCCUCUACUCUGUCUAUCUCUAGAAUGCUUUUUCGCCUGCUUCGUCACUGUUUGGUAUGUGUAGAUAUGUAUAAAAAGAAAAUAGUAAUAUUAACCAGUUUCUGUCUAGAUUGUCCGCUCCCACCUAUCACUGUCGCUGGAUAGAUAUUGCGCUUAGUCGCUUCUUGUCGCAGUCUUGUGUUAGCUUAGCCUCUCUUCAUAGUAUCUCUAUAGAAGAGCUCCUGCAGUAGGUUUCCCACCUUGUCCUCACCUCUGCCAGUGUCUAGUAACUAUAGCUCUAUUAUCUCUCUUGGUGUCUCCGUCUUUUAGCUGUAGACAAAACCUUUCGGAGGCUCUCAGGUUUUGUGGUGCGCUUUUGAGUGCGCUCCUUUCUUCUCGCUGUUAGUUUCGUGCCAGUUAGAUAGUCCCUGUCUUGUUUUUCUUUUUUUUUUUCUCAACAACAUUUGCCAUCUCUGCCUCUAGAUAUGAUGUCAGCAGCCUAUAAACUGUCUCUGAUUUGGACUGUUGAACCCAGACUGCUAAAUGCUAGUGGAUUUCAAAAGCAGCUUUGCUCAAAUAGCCACUUGUAAAAAUGUUAACAGGAAAUGUGUUGCAAGUAGCAAGGGAAUCCAUGCAUUAAUGGGAUAGAUGAAUAUAAGUUCAAUUCCAAGCCAUGAUAGUAGGGAAGGUUUUUGUUUCCGGCCAAAACUUCUUCAAAAAACUUUGACCAAUAAGUUGCUCUCUGGUGUUUCUGUUGUCCUAAAACUGAGCUGUUAUCAACAUAAACUCCCUCCGACACCCUCGGUGUCUUAAACAGGGACAUCUUCUCCAACAGGGUACCUUUUUUGCUUUUGGCUUCCAACUAUGACUCUCAUAAAAUGUUUUUUUUUUCUUUCUUUCCAAAUGGACGUCUGCACUUGGGCUCCAAAAAUAAAUUAGAAUCUCAGCUCUUUACUUUCUGGGACACCUGUCUCUUAUCUGGUGGUGAUGAAUUGGUACUUCAGAAAGAGAAGCUGUUACCAGCCGUGGCACUGAUCCAGAAUCAGAUCAUCACCCUGGAUCUUAAAAACAAUGAAUUGUAUCAGGUCUGAAUGCGGAGCUAGUAAUUCCUGAUGUUUUGUAAUUACUUCUUCAGAAUACAAAAUGAGUUGGCUUCGGUGUGAAGGACAGUAAAGUCGGUGCCAGGGUGUUUCGUUUGUUAUUGCCAAUUAAUCUGACUAAGGUGAAAUCACACAGAAUGAACGCUGUUUGACCCACUCUGACUAUCUUUUUCAGCUUUUUUCUUUCAAGCUAAAAUCUCCAUUUUGUGUUCUUCUUAGGCAGUAGCUUUGCUCUCCUUCCCAUUUUUGAAAACUGAUUUUUCUGCAUGGAUUCCGGUCCUGCCUGUUGUGAGGAGAUUGUCUUGGUGUGUCUCAAGUGGUUUUCAAAAUGAUCAAAUAUUUUGCUGGAUAGAGAGAGCAUAGAGACUACUGUUUUUUUUGAGUCUCAUAAAUGUUACUGGCUAGUCUCCUUAGCGUUGAUGUAACUGUCAGUAAUUAUAACAGCUUUAACACGUAGGUAAUUUUGUUACGGUAUUUAUCCUGGAAGGGGUUCAGCCGAGCAUGCAGGCUCUUUUUUUCGGCAACUCCCUUCCUCAAAUUCAGACACUCUCACAUUUACAGCUGGGAGUUUCCCAGGACAAACCACUGUUUGAGACCAGCCAACCUUGUGGCUUAGUUUCUCUCAACUUUAUAAGCUGCUACCACCUCUCUGCAUUGUUGUAGCAUGAAUAAGUGGAGAAGGAUACACGGAUAAACGUUGAUGUCAAAUUGAAAUGUCUGUUCUCUGCUAAGGCCAAGUGUAUCAAACAUUCAGAGAGCAGACUCCUCUCUGGCGAGCCAUCGCUCUCUCUUUCUUUCUGGGGUCGGUGAGUGCAUGGUCGUUGUCGAUGUUUGUUGUCCUUUUUCCAAAAGAGCAUGAUAUGAACGUGAUGAUGAAGAUGAAUUCUCUCGUCUUGUUGUCCCUGUUUUAAAUUGCCUUGUCAGGCGCCCCGGCAAGGCGAAGUGGCAAGACGGAUCACACUUUCUUGACCAAUCAUUUGCCGUCCAUGACACGGACUGAAUCUCAAAGAUGUUUGUACUGCCGAUAAACGAGCCACUGUAGCAAAAACGGAGCAGCAAACUUUUUUUGUGAUACCUCUCCCAAAGAUGUCACAUUGGUUACUUGCAGCAGAUAUGUCCUUUGGAUUUUCCACUGUCGUGGUGACAUCUGGAGGUUACUGUGCGCAUAGCAGCCGUGGCAGCAUAGGAGAAGAAGGAGAAAGUUAGAAGUCAAAAAACCCCCAAAAUGAAAUGAAAGAAACCAAGAGAGAGGCUGUUUAACAGAUACAUUUCCUCAUUUUGUCAGUGAGUGUUGAAUCAAAGAUUUCUCGUGCACGUUCUGUUUUUUCUACAUCAGUGUUUUUUGGUAAAAACCCUCGGAUUGCUGCCUCACUAAUCUGUAUAUAAAGAAAUGCACACAUUCACACUCACAACACAGAGCUGAAACACAUACUCUCAUAAUCUGCAACUGCAUUAUUUGCCAUUUGCUCUUUAUUUUUCUGAAUCUGAAAGAUUUUCACGUUAUUACAGCAGUAUAAUGGUAUGAUUACUCCUCAGUGGGGACGAGCUAAACAGACAGACAAUGCAGAGUUCGAGGGCUGCAGACCUCCCUGUACAUCAGGAUCAGCCAUGAAUUCUCAAUGAUGCCAAAUGUUUUUUUGAGCAGAGUACACCUUUUAAUCUGUCUCUCUCUUCUCUGUCACCUCCCCCCAUCUCUUUGUACAUUUUUUCUAUUUAUUUAAAGCAGAAAUAUAUGGAUUGUAUCAAGCAUGGAAAGGCAAACCAAUGUUACAGUUGACAAA